AUGCUGACCCCGUCCCCGUCUCCAAGUCAAGAAUUGAGAGAACGCAGCCCGCCCCCAUACACAGGGACGGACUACAUCGAUAUAGUGCGGGAGGCGACCCAGAUUGUACUACAGGCUGCCGGGAAAUCCGGCAACCUAAAUGGACAAGUCUGGGGCAAAAUGAAUCAAGCCUGCCGGGACAUCUUGGCGGCCACUGAUUGCCUGGCAGACAGAGAAGAGGGUGAGGAGUUGCGAGCCUUAAAGGCUGAUAAUAAGAGAAUGCGGGAGCAACUUGCCCAAUGUCAGGCGGAGAUGAAGGCCCUUCGUAGAGCUUUCUCUGAGAGGGAGACCCAGCCCCUAGCACAGGCCCCGACGGCUCAAUUUGACCAGUCCCCGACGGGUUUCGCUGAGGCCCUCAAGGAGGCCCUCAGGGAACUGAAGGAGGACCUGAAGCGGGAUCUCACAAUUACUAUGGGAAACAUGAUCUCGGCCCGCACGGGCUAUUCCCCUGAGCCGGUCCCCCGCCCCCCUCUCGCGGCGGACAGGAAUAAGACGACUGCGAGCCAGCCCAUACCCCAGCCGGAACUUUUCUCUGGGGUGCCCUCAAGGGCAGUGACACGUGAGCCACCCACUAGGCAGCCUAAGGCCCCUGCGGCUCAGCCUUCGGCACCAGCGGCACCAGCGAACAAGAAGAGGGGUAACUCUGCUCCCAGGCAGAAGACGGCGAAGGAGCCCAGUGCCUCCCCACCCUCACAGCCGGCAACAACAACACAGCAGCCUGCUGAGUCUUGGACGCAGGUUGUCAAAAAGGGCAAAUCUGGCAAAUCCGCCAAGCCUUCUUCCCCCCCUGCCGCUCCGGCCCGGAAACCGGCACCUGCGGGCCCACGAAAGCUGGUUGUGCCCUCUACGGCUGCGAUAGUGGUGGCUUUGAAGCCGGAGUCUGAGGCGACAUACGCCUCAAUCAUGUCUAAGGCCACCACAUCAGUGAAUCUUGCUGAUGUGGGUCUUGAACACGUCAAGGUCCGUAAAACAGCUGCUGGAGCCAGAAUAAUUGAGGUGUCCGGGUCGGACAAUGGCAGGGCGGCUGACGAACUCUGCCGAAAAAUCACGGAUGUGAUUGGAGAGGAAGCCCGAGUAUAUAGGCCCACCAAAAUGGCGGACUUACGCAUUUCGGGCCUAGAUGAGGCAGCCACUCAGGAAGCGAUCGCUGGAGCAAUCGCUAAAUUGGGCGAAUGCUCGCUGAAUGAAGUAAAGGUGGGAUCUAUUAGGGCCCAAUAUAAUGGGACAGGGUCGGCGUUGGCACAAUGCCCUAUAACGGCAGCCAAAAGGGUCACCGCAGCGGGUCGACUUCUAAUAGGUUGGUCCUCGGCCCUGGUAGUGGCGCUAGACCCAACACCAAUGAGGUGCUUCAAGUGCAUGGGCACGGGGCACACCAGAGCACUGUGCCCAUCGCCGGUAGAUAGGAGCAGCCUCUGCUUCCGCUGUAGCAGACCGGACCACAGGAUCGCGGACUGCAAGGCGGAGGCUGCCUUUUGUUCGGUGUGCCAUGCGGCCAAACGACCUGCGGGGCACAUAAUGGGGGGCUUUUCCUGUGCGCCCCCACCAGCAAAAGGCAAAGAGGCUCUUCUGAAGAUCCAAAGAGCCCCCCCAAAGCGUAACGCCGACCAACCGGCCUGUGAGGGACAAAAUAUGGAUAUGUAA